AUGGAUGCUCAAACAUGGUAUUUGAGAACGUCAAAGCUGGCUCUGGCCUUGGCAAUUAUCCGCUCGACACCAGCUGACACAAGCAGCAAAGAAUACACAGAGCACCUUGCGAAGGUAGUGUCCGAGCAGGAGUCAAUGUGGAGAUCUAAAGUCCAAGCCUUGGAAGCUGAAGUUCUGCAAUUACGCCACAAACUUCUUCUGAGCAGGAUGCGUGCAGGAGUAUUUAAGAGUGGAGACCCAUCUUCCCAGCUGCAGGCUCAGGAACCUGGAAGUUCUGAAAAUACAUUAAGUCUGCUGGAAGAUUCUGGGUGUGAGUUAUCCAAUGAGCAGAGAAGUGAACCUUCAGAGAUGGCCCAGCAUUUUGUGGAGAGCUGCAGCCCCACGUCCUUUCUACCCCUGCCCAUUGUGAAAAGACAUUGUGCCACUGUGGAAAAUCCUCUGUCUUCCCACAUGCAUUUCUUGCAACAUCUACUCGAACUGAAGAACUUGACAGAAUCAGGGAGUCUGAAAACAGACUUAAGCCACUUUGAAAAUGACUUUUCCACAGUAUCUGACUCUGUUUUUCAGUUGUUGGAUGGCCUGAUCACUUUUUACCGGAACCCCAGAUUUCCUUCUUCAAGCUUUUGGGAAGAAGCCGUUAAUACUUUAGCUGGACUGAUCAGUGAUAGUAACUUAUCUAAUCAUAUUCUUAAAAAGUGUUCCAAGAAGUUGGAAGAAUUUGAGAAAACCCUACUACAGGUUAUUUUAAGGAGCAACCAUAUAAACCGGUUUCAGGUGCAGCAUUAUGUCUCUCAGAGUCUGGUAACCCUGGGAAGUUGCAGCUUGUUGAGAAAAUCUAUAAUAUCUCUGCUUUUAUCAGAAGUAAACAGCUUCACUGAUGUUUUGGGUACCAUCAAUCAGGUUCAAGCCAGUUAUGCGACACACUAUGAAAAUAUUUUCUUUCUGUUCUGGGUUCUGGAGCAGCUUCUUCAAAAGGAAACCAAAGAAGGCAACACUUCAAGUGUAGGGCAUGAUGACCAAGAAAUCAAGAAAUUUCUUCAAAAGCAUGAUGAAACUAUUUUCCAACUCUCUGAUGCAUUUCCUUUAUUUACUUUUUAUUUAUGGAGACUGGGCAUUCUCUUGAACUCAGUAGAAACUGUUGACAGUAACUCACUUCCUUAG